AUGGGUGACAGGCGGAAGAUUCCUGCGUGGCUGUCCUUGCGAAUCCCAGACCUUUGUUGGGCGAGCCUGGAGCAGCGCGCCGGCCAACCGCUGGAGGCCGCGGAGAUUCCGCUCGGCCAGGUGCUUCACGUCCGAAACACCGGUCUCAUGCUCGAGCUGGUCAUCAAGGACCAGCCAGCGUUGCAGCUCGAGUUCGGAACAGCCGAGGAGCGCAACGCGUGGGAGAAGUACUUGAACCUGGCUCUCGAGGUCCUGGUUCCUGAAAGCGAGCGAGCGGAGCGAGAUGCAGCGAAGGCAUCGCACAGAGCGCAGGAGGUGGAGGAGCGCCGGGCCCUGAACGAGGAGCGCAAGAAGCGCCUUUCAGAGGGCCUCGGGAUGCGCUUCACGGCCGAG